AUGUCUUCUAGUAAACGAAAAGAAAAAACUACUCUUAAUAAUCAACAAAGAAAAGAUAUUAUUACAUAUAAAGAAAAAAAUCCAAAUAUCAGUCAUGUUGACCUUGUCAGUUGGGUAAAAAAAAAUAUGGGUCUUGACAUUCAUCCUUCUACCAUUGGGCACCUAAUAAAAAAUAAGGAUAAUGUUGAAGACAAUCUAUCUGCAAAAAGGCAGAAAACAGUACAGUAUCCAGAUCUUAAAAAUGCAUUACUCGAGUGGAUUCUUCAAAAUCAAGACCAAAUAAUCUUAAGUGAUGAUAUUAUAAUUGAAAAAGCGAAAUACUAUGCUCAAUUGUUAAAAAUUUCUGAUUGUAGCCUCAAAUUCUCGCAUGGCUGGUUGUUUAAAUUUAAAAAAAGACACAGUCUAAACCAAAUAACAAAACAUGGUGAGGAUGCAUCCGUGGAUGACACUGUCAUUGCGGUUGCAAUUCCUAAAUUAAGAGAAAUCCUUGAACCAGACACUAUGCUGGCGACAAAAAGUCUUAAAGGUAAAAAAAAAAAUAAAGAGCAAUUAACUGUAGCACUUUGUGUUAAUGCUGAUAGGACAGAUAAAAUUAAGCCAUUUAUGAAUACUAUAUUAUUUCAACAAUGGCUUAAAGACUUCGAUUUGAAGAUGGCUGGUCAUAAGAUAAUUCUCCUAAUAGAUGGUGCAAAAUGUCAUUCUUUUAGUAAUUUAAAUCUUAAAAACACAACUGUUCACCACCUUCCACCAAACACAACAUCUCGUCUUCAACCUCUAGAUGCUGGCAUCAUUAUGUCUUUCAAGCGUCGUUAUAAAACUAGAAAUGAUGAUAAAAUGAAUGUUCUUACUGCUAUUAGGUUUAUCGCCAAAGCAUGGAGAGAAGUAUCAUCAGAAACGGUGUUUAACUGCUUUCGACAUACUGGAAUCCUUCCGGUCGAUUUGAAUGAAGAAGAAGGUGAUGAGGUGCUUGACGAUGACAAUAUUGAAUUGAUGAAAGAAUUACGUGAAAAUAUCGAAGCACUCCAGUUUCGAAACGUGAUGGAUCUUGAAGAAUAUAUUGACCAUCCAGAAGAAAAAGAAAUAUAUGGGGUAUUAAGUGAUCAGGAAAUAGUGAAUUUAGUUACUAAUCCAGAACCUGAAAAGGAUAAAAGUGAUGAGGAUGAUGACAGCACAGAAAUGUGCCAAGUUACUCAUAAUGAAGCACUGAACACUAUAGAUUCGCUAGAACAGUACCUUCUGCAACAGGACCUUUGGGAUACAACCAGGUCAAAACAUGAAGAAGCUUUGUCAAACUUGCAAGAA